AAUUCAAGGCUACCGUAACGAUUCGUGCGUUGCAUUGGCAAAUACUUUCCUAUAGCCACAAGUAUAAUGCACAUUUACUACAGUCACAAGGUGGUUUGAUUUUCUACGAUAACAGAAAUAAGUAGGGUUCCUUAUUCACGAAAUAAAUUGUCUCCCUUGCUUUGGGAAUCAGGUUUUUGGAUGUGACGUGACAUCAAGGGAGAAAUAAAAACAGAACUUUUUAAGUUAAGUGGGUCGUCAUGAGAAGGUUAAGGUACUGCAAAAGUGCUCUUCUCUUUCUCGGUUUAAUUGUUGUUUCCGUCACGUUUUGUUUUGUGUCUAAACUCAGAAAUAUAAAAGCCACAUCCAAGUUCAAGUACUCCUGCUUGCCAAAGCGCAACAUUGUUUUCUUGAAGACACACAAAUGCGCGAGUUCUACGGUGCAGAAUAUGAUACUGCGAUAUGCCUCAAGGCAUAACUUGACGAUCAUGCUACCCGUAUUCAGUAAAAGUCCCUAUUUAUCCAGAUUAGAAUUAUUCUCUAGAAAAGCGUUGGCAAUCAGCCAUGCUCCCUGGAAGAUUUUGGGAUAUAAUGUCAUCUGUCAUCACGUCAGAUUUAAUAAAGUAGAAAUGGAGAAGGUGAUGCCACCGGAUACCAUCUACUUUUCUAUUAUAAGAGAGCCCGCAUCUCUGUUCGAGUCUCUUUACGAAUAUAACAACUUAGCUCAAUUUUAUAACUUGACAUUUAAAGAAUAUAUCAAAUCUAUAAGAAAGCAACAAAAAGGACUUUAUGAGAGGGCCGGAGGAAAUUUGGGACCAAACCAGAUGCUGUACGACUUUGGAAUGGAUCCGAGAGACAUGCUUUCUAAAGAAAAGGUUUCACAUUAUGUAAAUAAGCUUAGCAAACAGUUCGAUUACAUUAUGAUAGCGGAACAUUUCGAUGAGUCGCUGAUCAUCUUAAAAAAUCUGUUGUGUUGGGAUUUCAACGAUGUCCUGACCCUAAAUAAAAAUGUACGACUCAAUGAAUUCAAACACGAAAUGAGCCAAGAAGAAAUUACUCUUCUGCAAAAACACAACUGGGGCGAUCAAAUCCUAUAUAAAACAUUCCUACAGAAGCAUAACGCACUGGUUAACAGAAUUGGAGCAAAGAAAAUAGAAAAAGAAGUUUACAAAUUGCAGAAAAUGAGAAAGAAACUAUUAAAAGAAUGCAUAAGAGAAUCCACUGUGGCGAAAAACAUCAGUAAAGUUUGGAGUGGCAAGAUAUUGGGAUUUCGAACGAACCCCAAAAACAAGGAUCGGACCUGCCGGGAUGUCGUAAAAUCCGAAAGGGAACUGACGAACGAACUCAGGCAGAAACAGUUUGCCAGCAGCUUCCGUUACGGAUCGUCGUCCAAAAAUAAUACCGUCGUUAAAGAGUUUAAAGAGGCUAUGACAAAAUGGUUACACAUACAGAGACUGAAGGACAAAGACAAAAUCAUUUUAUAA